AUGGCAAAAGGUCAAGUUCAAGAAAAAUCUGUAGACGCAACUGUUAAUUUACACAAAAAAUGUCACAAGAUCUCUUUCAAAAAGAAAGCUCCUAGAGCAAUUAAAGAAAUCGUUGCUUUUGCUACCAAAACUAUGGGAACAAAAGAUGUUAGAGUUGAUACUGCACUCAAUAAAUAUGUAUGGAGCAACGGUAUAAGAAAUAUCCCAAGAAGAGUUAGAGUAAGACUUUCUAGAAAAAAAAAUGAAGAAGAAGGAGCAAAAUCAGAAUUUUAUACUUUAGUAUAACACCUUGAAGUCGAAACUUACAAAGGACUUUAAACUGAAAAAUCAAAAUAAUGA